AUGUCCUCACCAGACCUUUCCUUGUCGCCUACCCCAGAUUUGCCAGACGCUGACCAUAAUGACGCAACCGAGCAUCCACUAGAAGAUUUACAAGACGAUCCUACAGUCCAAGCGGCCGAUCCAGAUGCGACCAAAGACGAUGACAACUCAGAUAAUGAAUCAAUUCUCUCGGAUGUAGAUGAAGCUCAAUUCGAGAACUUCGACCCUAAUCAAAUUACUAUUGAAGAGCGUCCGGCUGUUGCAGUAGACGAAGACAAUGCCAAGCUUCUUGGUCGACACAAGCGAAAGCGCGUCGAAGGCGAAAGUGAACGCAAGAAAAAGAAAAAGGAAGGACGAAGAGAGAAGCCAAAGAAGCUGAGAAAGAAGAAGGACAGUGAUGAUGAUUUCAGUGGUGGGGAGGAGAUAGAAGGCAAACGGGCACGGAAGAAGAAGUCAUUUGUUGAAGGAGAUAAUAGAAAGGAGAGACCAAAGGUCGAGAAAAGGAGAGUUGAAGAAGAUGAGGAAAAUCUUGACCCAGAAGAGCAUGAGGAAAUCGCUACUAUGCGUAAACGCAUGGAAGAAGCCGCGGAAGCGGACGUACUUGCCCGACAGGCAAAUCCACCUCGACCUGCUAUGCAUAAGCUGAAAAUGCUUCCGGAAGUCACUGCACUGUUGAACCGUAACAGCAGAGACGUUGAAGCUGCUAUUGUCGACCCUGAAAAUAAUCUUCUGCUGUCUGUCCGUUACUUCCUGGAACCCCUCACCGAUGGCUCAUUACCUGCGUACAACAUCCAGCGCGAGAUAUUCUCCGCUUUAGCCAAGCUACCUAUCGACAAAGAGAGUCUGAUUAGUAGUGGACUCGGUAAGGUGGUUGCCUUCUACACAAAGUCGAAGAAGCCAGAGAUCAGCAUCAAACGCGCUGCUGAGCGCUUGGUCGGUGAAUGGUCUCGUCCCAUUCUCAAACGUAGUGAUGACUACCGCCAACGUGUCCUUGCUGAGGCAUCCUAUGACCCAACCAGUACGCGGAAGGCAGGCGGUAAUUCUCAGAUAAGCACCCAGGAAGCGGCGGCGAUCGUCAAAGCAAGAGGCUAUAUGGCGCCAGGUGUAAAAUCAAACAGGGCUCGUGCAGAGAUCGAGAAUAAGACCUAUACUGUUGUUCCUAAGAGUACACAAAUCGCUGGGGGUGCUUUUGCAAGGCCGCUAGGCGCAAGUGGUGAAGAUGCAUUCAGGAGGAUGAAGAUGAGGCAGCAGAUGGCAUCAGGCCAAAAGAAGGCUCGAUAA